AUGUUAUUCGGCGAUGAACCACCUUCGAAAAUUGCUUUUGGAACAACAGCAGUCAAUCGGCCGACAUUUCCUACUGACAUAGCACAUGAUUGCUUUGGAAAUCACCAAACACCAUUACGAGGCAUCCCACAGCUUGGACCAGGCGCUUAUAAUAACGAGGAAAAGACAAACUUUCGAUACGUUCUCGAACAACAGCCGAUGAGUCGUCGUGGAUACACAUUCAAUGCUCGAACAGAAAAACGGAAAACGUUCGAACCGAAGAGUGACGUUCCAAGUCCAGAUAAGUACCAAAUGGAUCUAACACGUGUGCCGACUGCCAAACGAGCAUUUAAACCAUUCAAUGAAGUUUCAGAAAGAUUCAAAGCACGCGCUAAGAGUGCCGAUACACCAGGACCUGGUAGUUAUGAAUGUGAUGUCAAACAAAACCGUCAAAUACAUAUGCUACAUAGUUUUGGUGGACGAACUAAACUCAUUCCAGCUGUGAAAACGAAAUGCAUGGCAUUGAAUACCGAUAAAUGUGCAGUUUGUGAACUAGCAACAACCGGAGAUUAUUAUCAAUAUCGAAAUGAAGUUCUUUGUUCGAAAUGUUUUAAUUUCAAUUGGCAAUGGCAAGAAAAAUACAAACGAACGCAUCUUCAAGCAUUUCAAAAAGUUCGUGAUUGUUCUUCUAUUCAUAAUCAUGCGGGUACUUCAGCGAAGAUUCAAUUAGCAGACGAUAAAUCGACCAAGAAACUUCAACGUAAAGAAGCUUAUCUUAGUCUCUAUUGGGCUUGA